CCACGUCUGUGGUCUGUAUCUACGAGGGGUGGGUUCGGGUCGUUGUGUGUAUUGAUACUACGCCGGUGCAUUUUCAUCCAGAAUUCGACCAUGCGCUGUUCUCUCCAUUUCGUAUGAACGUUAUGGUAUCAAUCUGAACGUUCUUAAAAACGGAGCCGAGCACGGAAAUUGCCAACGCAGCGGAUGGCCUCUCGGCGAAGCCCGCCGUGCUGCAAGUUCUACGAGGCUAAACUCCUUUGGAUCUACACUCUUUACUCGACCCACAUGCUAACAGCAGGGAACGUACAUUCGCGCAGCCUAUUUAACGUUCGCGGGGCGUUAAGGUUCCUUGUCUCGGUUACGCUGCAAGGCGUCCAAGGAGGCAAUUGGACGUCUAGUCGACGUGUUGCACAGCCUAUAUUGCUGGAAGAAGCGUAUAAGUAUACGGCACAGAUCCAAUCAUUCACCAUCUCCCCGACAUUUUCUACUAUAAAUGAACUCCGCUCAGUUGGAUCUCAACUUGGAGAUUGUUACAUAUGCUACCAAUGCUCUGAUGUUACUAUUACUUGCUUGAUGCGCCUUGGAGGAAUCGACGUAUGCAUGUACAUCUUAUCGGUUUAUCUUCUCAAGGCCAAAUCCCGAUGUUCACCACGAACAACCUUCUUCUAUGCCGCAUAUGGAGGAAUAUCACUCCUGAUGAUGACGCUGCAGCUUGUGACCAACCUUUACUAUGGCGGUCUUCUCGCUAUCCACUGUGACGACGAUGCAGAAGCCUCGAGCUUUUCGAGUUGCUUCACUUCUAACUACAUAAAAAACUGGGCAAAUUGUGUAGGGGUCGUAGCCACCGCAAUUACUGUACUGAUGUGCGACGGCCUCAUGCUUUGGCGUUGCUAUGUGGUUUAUACCCGCGCAGUCUCUUCGAUCCUCAUUGUCGUUGAAAAAACGCUCCCAGAAAGCACCGUGUCAAGCAUGCCGAUAAUUGGCGUAGUUUCCCUGAAGAUUUGGAGCGCCUCAACAGUCGCCUUCAACGUUUCUGUCACGUCCAUGAUUUGCUACCGGCUGGUUCGCAUGUGUUGGCUUGUUCGAGCUAUUACACCAGAGCGGCGUCAUGUUCUGAGAAAAUACUCGGGGGCCGUCUCGAUCAUUGUUGAAGGGACUGUCCCCUACACAGUGCUCGCUGUUACGCUAUCUGCGUUUGAGUUCCUUCACGGUGAUCUCAGCACAAUAGUGGUUACUAUCUUAGCUGAUAUUUGGUGUGGCGUUUGCGUGGUAACCCAGCAAUUGAUUCUUCUCAGGAUCGCGAUGGGCAGUUUUUGGAACAGAAAUACCGUGGCAGUUGAAGCGACUGCAAUUCAGUCAACAGUAGUAUUCAGCGGGGGUAUGGAAGCGGGGAGAUCUUCACAAGACGAAGUACUUCCGGCAAUUGACGAGCUUGAAUGUCUCGUUUGA